AUGUCAACCAAGAUGCAUUCUUCACGGACAGACGAUAUCAUCACGCAGGUCAAGCACAAACCAGUAAAAAUAACACGCGGAGCUGUUGACGGCAAUCGCUUCAAAAAACGAUAUUAA